CCCCUGCCCCUCCAAUCUCGACUUUGAUUACAUUGAUAAACUCACUUUGAUGGCCUUGCCCUGUUGUGGGUUUACCGCCCCCGGAACCCAACAGCCCAGGGAAGACGUCAAGACCAAAGCCAUGAAAGGGAGAAAACCAGGGUACGAAAACAGCGAGAACGGCGAGGCCAAGGACCCUUUCUCCCAUCUUCCUCCACCGGAAAGACAGAUCCUACGGGAUCAAGUCUACCUGGCCGAAAGCCAGACCGGAUACUGGACGUUAUUCCGCUACGCCACAAAAUGGGAUCUAGUCAUCAUGGUGAUCAGUGGCAGCUGCGCAGUCGUAGCAGGCGUCGCCCUGCCCAUGGUAGCGGUCCUCUUCGGCAGCAUCACAAACACCUUCCGGGACUUUUACGUGGGCAGCCUGACACAAGCCGAGUUCAACCACAAACUGGGUUCCGUGGUGAUUUACUAUGUCUACUUGAGCAUUGUGGAGUUUUUCUCUUCCUACGCCCAGACCGUCGGCUUCCUGUACACGGGCGAUCGCCUUACCACCAGAAUCAGGACCAACUACCUGGCUGCCUGCCUGCGCCAGAAUAUGGGAUUCUUCGACAAGACAGGCUCCGGCGAAAUCACGACGCGAAUCACCGCCGACACCAACUUGAUCCAGAACGGCAUCUCCGACAAGCUGGGCACUAGCCUGACCGCCAUGGCGACGUUCGUCACGGCGUUGAUGAUCGGGUUUGUUUCCUUUUGGAAAUUGGCCCUCAUCAUGAUCGGCGGGGUGUUGGUGAUCAUCGGCAUCAUGGCGAUCUGCGGCGUCUUGAUUACGAGAUAUCAGAAGCAGGCCUUGCAUGUGUAUGCCGAGGGCGGAACCUUUGUGGAAGAGACCCUCGGUGCCAUCCGUGCCGCAACGGCGUUCAAUACGCAAGAGAAGCUGGCGCGGCACUACGAUCGCUAUCUGCACGCCGCCCAGCGGUGGGACCAACGGGCCAAGCUGAUGGUUGCCCUGAGCAUCGGGGCGAUGUUUAGCACCAUCUACCUCAACUACGCCCUUGCAUUCUGGGUGGGAGGGAGAUUUGUCGCCUCCGCCGAGACGACCGUCGGCCACGUCCUGACGAUCUUGAUGUCGACCAUGACCGGAGCCUUUGCGCUGGGGAGUAUUGCCCCCAACCUGCAGGCCUUCGCGACAGCCUCGUCGGCCGGGCUAAAAAUCUUCAGCGUGAUUGAUCGAUCGCCACCGGUCGAUUCCGCCUCUGCCUCGGGACACACCCUGGAUGACGUGCGCGGUGAGAUUGAGUUUCGUGGCAUCCGGCACAUCUACCCCUCCAGGCCAGAUGUUGUUGUUCUCCCCGACUUCAGUUUGACGGUCCCGGCUGGCAAAAUGACGGCUCUGGUGGGCGCGUCGGGGUCCGGGAAGAGCACGAUUGUCGGCUUGCUGGAGCGGUUCUAUAAUCCCGUGAGGGGACAGAUCCUCCUCGAUGGUGUCGACAUUGCGGAAUUGAACGUCGGAUGGCUGCGCCGCCAGAUCGCCCUGGUCAGCCAGGAACCGACUCUAUUCGGCGGCACGGUGUAUGAGAACAUCCGCCUGGGCCUGGCUGGCACAGAAUUGGAAACGGCGGACGAGGAGGAGGUGAGAAGACGGAUCUAUGAUGCUGCGACCCUCGCCAACGCCCAUGGCUUCAUUGUACGGCUUCCCGAGGGCUAUCAGACCAACGUGGGGGAACGGGGCUUUCUCCUGUCGGGGGGGCAGAAACAGAGAAUUGCCAUUGCUCGCGCCUUGAUCAGCAACCCGAGGAUUCUUCUGUUGGACGAGCCGACCUCUGCCCUCGACAUGAAGUCUGAAGCCGCCGUCAGCAGAGCCUUGGACGCUGGCGCUGCGGGGAGAACCACGAUUGUGAUUGCGCACCGGCUGACCACUAUCAAGAAGGCCGACAAUAUCGUACUCAUGGACCGUGGGCGCAUCGUGGAACAGGGCACGCACCAACGCCUGCUUCAAAACCCGGAGUCGAUCUAUCGCCGCAUGUUCAACGCGCAAAGGAUCUCCCGCACGGCCCGCCUCAGACUCAGCGUCUUCGACGACCCCUUCUGGCUGGAGCAGGCUGACGAUGGCAAGGCCGAGCUGCAGUUGGGCGUCAAGGUCUUUGCAUCUGCCGUGGCACCGGCUGUCAGUGACAUUCAGCCGCCUUCGCCGUCGUACUCUAUCUGGAGCCUAGGGAAAAUGAUCCUCGCCUUCAACCGCCGCGAUUGGCAGCUGAUGGUGCUGGGCCUGGGUGCCGCGGCGAUGUGCGGGACAGGAAACCCCGUUCAGUCUGUCUUCUUCGCCAAGGAGGUUGUCAGCCUCGCGCAGCCUCCGUCCGAGGCCGCAGCCAUCCGGUCCGACUCCCGGUUUUGGAGUCUGAUGUACGUCUUGCUGGCCGGGACGCUGUUCGGGGCGUUUUGCGCCCAAGGGCUCGCCUUUGCCGUGUGCUCCGCCCGGCUCGUCCGCCGCGUGCGCGAUCGGGCAUUCCGGGCCUUGCUGCGGCAGGAUCUUGAGUACUUCGACCGCGCCGACGUGGGCAGUCUCACCUCGUUGCUGUCCACCGAGGCGACCUUUGUCGCGGGAUUGAGCGGAGCCACCCUCGGCACGAUCCUCACGGUGAAGACCACGCUGCUCGCGGCCAUUGUGGUUUCCUGUGCACUGGGGUGGAAGUUGGCCCUGGUGUGCACUGCCACCAUGCCCGUCCUGUUGGCCUGUGGUUUUUUCCGGUUCGAGGUUCUUUUCAAACUACACAAGCGAGCCGCAAAGGCGUAUGAAAGCUCCGCCGGCUAUGCCUGUGAAGCCAUUGCCGCCAUCGAGACCGUUGCCUCUCUGACCUGCGAGAAUGUGAUCCUAUCACAGUUCCAAGCCCAACUGGACGCACAGGGCCGUCGAUCUGUCCGCCUGUACUACAGGUCCGCGGCGCUGUACGCCUUUUCCCAGGCCGCGGUGCUCCUGGUCAUCGGUCUGGGCUUCUGGUAUGGGGGCACCUUGAUCGGCAAACGGGAGUACAGCCUGCUCCAUUUUUUCAUCUGCUUUUCCGCCAUCAUCUUUGGGACGCAGUCCGCCGGCAGUCUGUUCUCCUUUGCCCCCGAUAUGGGUAAAGCCAGGGCCGCUGCGGCUGUCCUCCGGCAGCUUUUCGAUCGUGUCCCGUCGAUUGACUCCUGGUCGACCGGGGGAGACCGGCUUCCCUCCGUCGAGGGCGAAAUCGAGUUUCGCGACGUCCAGUUUGCCUAUGCCACGCGGCCCAAUCGCCAGGUACUGCGCGGGCUGAACCUCACGAUCAAACCAGGCCAGUGGGUGGCGCUCGUUGGCUCAUCGGGAUCCGGGAAAAGCACGGUGGUGUCACUGCUGGAGCGCUUCUACGAUCCGCAGUCGGGUGGGAUCUAUGUCGACGGGAGGGACAUUCGAUCUCUCAAUGUCAGCAACUACAGGUUCUUUCUCACACUGGUUGGGCAGGAACCGACCAUCUACAGCGGCAGCAUCAGAGAGAAUAUUCUGCACGGCACGAUGCGGACCGAUGUGACCGAGGAGGAAAUCCUGACGAUCCUCCAGCAGGCCAAUAUCCACGACUUUAUCAUGUCUCUUCCAGACGGACUAGACACCAUUGUCGGAAGUCGAGGGAGCAUGCUUUCCGGGGGUCAGAAACAGCGUGUAGCCAUCGCACGCGCGCUCAUUCGGGAUCCUCGGAUCCUGCUCUUCGAUGAAGCCACGUCAGCCCUGGAUCCAGAGUCAGAAGCAGCCGUUCAACGGGCGCUGGAGACGGCCAUGAAAGGCAGAACGACGAUCACCGUGGCCCAUCGACUGAGCACCAUCCGAAAAGCCGACACCAUCUACGUCUUUCAUGAAGGCCGGGUUGUGGAGACAGGAACGCAUCAGGAGCUUAUGGAUCUGAGAGGGAGAUAUUUUGAUCUUGUGUCGUCGCAAGAUUGAGGGUUUCGAUCUGUCCAUGAAGUUGGUAGAUACAUAUAUAUAUGCACCUGUGGCCAAACUGCUCCACAGCCAAGUACGUAACAGUAACCC